GUUUGGUUCACGAAGGUUCCCAUGAGUGAGAAAGUAAACUUGUCUGCCACUUCGACUGAACCUCUGCUGCGCACUAUAACGAUUAUUUUAGCCGGUCUACUGUGACAAACUUGCUUGUGCGGUCGCCUGAGCCAACAACCCGCACUAUCAAAGGGAUCCGACACGAGCUAUUGCUGCUUAAUAAUGGGCCAGUGUCCUCGACUACACUGCAACCUGAAGUCCACAAUCCGGAACCCGACGUAGAUUAUGGUGACUGCACCCGUGAAGAGGAGUUCGCGGAGGAGGAAAUUCUUGGCAGUGACGAUGAUGAGCAAGAGGAUCCUAAGGACUAUUGCAAAGGUGGCUACCAUCCCGUGAAAAUUGGUCAAGUGUAUAAUGGUCGCUAUCACGUUAUACGAAAGCUUGGCUGGGGACAUUUCUCCACCGUUUGGUUAUGCUGGGAUUUGAAUGUGAAACGUUUUGUAGCGAUGAAAGUGGUCAAAAGUGCCUUACAUUAUACAGAAACGGCCAUCGAUGAAAUUAAACUGUUGACUUGCGUGCGCGAGGCCGCUCCUGAUGACCCCUUUCGCAACAAGACUGUUCAGUUGCUAGACGAUUUUCGCAUUUCUGGCGUGAAUGGGCACCACGUUUGCAUGGUUUUUGAAGUCCUUGGUCACAACUUGUUAAAGCUGAUCAUCAGGUCAUCCUAUCGCGGCAUCCCACUGGACAACGUCCGCUCGAUAAUCAAGCAGACUCUUCAGGGACUGCAUUAUCUUCAUACGAAGUGUCAGAUCAUUCACACAGAUAUCAAACCGGAGAACAUCCUUGUUUGUGUAUCGAAUUCACAAAUCCGGCGGAUGGCAGCCGAAGCGUUAGAUGCACAAAGACGCGGUGUGCAAUUGUCGGGGUCCGCCGUAAGUACUGCUCCAAAGGAAAAAGAGCGCGAAAGCACAAAAAUGACUAAAAGUCGGAAACGUCGUCUGCGUCGUCAGCAACGGAAACAGCAAGCCUUACUGGAGCAGGAACUUGAUGAACUGGAAGAGUUGGAAACCCAGGAGCACCAACGCAGGUUGCUCGAUAUGGGUAUACAACCAGAAGGAGACAAACAGGAUUUUGACUACGCCAAAAACAAUAAAGAGGAACUGCAAAACUGUAAUGAAGCACCAUCAUUCGAAGUUUUAAGCUCUUCACAAAUGAAUCUCCUUGAACUUUCAUCCAAGGCUAUCAACGAUGUUGGGGCAGUUGUUUGGUACACUACGCGUGCUGUUGUGUCAGCUCUAGGCCUCGCUGCAUCAGCUCCAUUCAAAUAUCGCCUUACGAUGGGCAGUUCAAGGAAUGUGUCGGAUCACGAUGUCUCCAAUCUUGAUGGUAAACAUUGCCAAAACGAGGAAACGGAUAUCCCUAAGCUCGAUGCAGAAACUCUGCCGUCUUUGCUUCCAUUUACCUUUUCAAUCCCUUAUGAGAAGAAUUCUAACGGUUCUAAGCAUGUUAGCUCUACUACUUCGACAUCGUGCUCUAAGAUGGCACAUCCUGGGAGAAAGCGCGCAGCGUCUGCAUCGAUGGAUUUAUCUUCAGACACUUCCUUGCGUCCCCAUUGCUCAUCUGCAACCUCUCAGCUUCGUCGUCCACUAGUCCCCACGAAGCUCUUUCCUUUGGCUGGCUAUCUAAUACAGAAUCUUCCGUGGCCCUUCCGCCGCUGUACUCCAAAAGCAGAGAAGUCCUCUACUAAUGAGGACCGUCAGAAAAGUGAACUUGAUAAGAGCGAUACAUCUUUCUCACGGCCAGAGGAGAAUGGUUUCUCUGAUUCCAACCAUCAGGAAAACCCAACUGCUGAUACUCAAAAUUCUCAUUUCCGCCGAGUGAGACAACCACCCAAUCACUCAGGGGCUGCUGCUAAUGUGGACUAUAGCGUCAUUGCCACAGUCAUGGAACCGCAAAAGUCGUCAUCAGCGACUGGGGACCUCGGAUCUGUUAUUAUUCAACCCGAUGGUUUACUGGCUGCCACCGCGAAUGCUAUGACUAGUGAAUUCCAGGGUCAAAAACCCAUACUGCGGUCACCAGGACACCAGCGCGUACAAAAACCAAGCAAAUCAGCAGCUUCUCAUUCACCCAUUGAGGAUAGAGCAGCCACUGCAGAAAGUCAGCGAAAACAUUUGGGUCCACCCAGUAACCAGUUUAAGCGCUCAAGUAUGGUCCUCCGAGGGUCAGGUGCAUCCGCACAGAACUCCUCAGAUAAACGACGUUCACUGCUCUUCGAGCCAGUGAUAACAGAGCCAGAUCCCAGCAAAGAAGUCUGUAACAUUGAAGUGAAAAUUGCUGAUCUAGGAAAUGCCUGCUGGACCUAUCGUCAUUUCACUGAGGACAUUCAGACUCGUCAGUAUCGUGCUUUGGAGGUCCUCAUUGGUUCGGGGUACGGGCCUCCUGCUGAUAUUUGGAGUACUGCUUGCAUGGCUUUCGAACUAGCCACCGGCGACUACCUUUUCGAACCGCAUUCAGGAGAGGAUUACAACCGCGAUGAAGACCAUUUGGCGCACAUUAUUGAGCUGCUGGGUGCUAUUCCGCGCAAUAUUGCACUUUCGGGCAAAUACUCUCGGGAGUAUUUCGACAAGCGAGCUUGUUUGCGACACAUCCGGCGGCUUAAACCCUGGGGUCUUUUCAACGUCCUUACGGAAAAGUACGACUGGCCUGAAGAUGAAGCUGCACAAUUUACAAGUUUCCUUAUUCCUAUGCUUGCAUACGACCCUAAUGAUCGAGCUACCGCUUGGGAUUGUCUGCAACAUCCUUGGAUUACAGGACAGUCGUUUACUCCGUUGGUUCAAGGACCCCUACCCGGCCCUAUACCGUUCGAAAUGCAUCAUCCGGAAAGGUUAUUGACGGAUGUUUUGUCUCACACUAGCAUCUACUAUCCUUCUAGAGUUCCGCUUGCGGUAGCCCACAAUCCCUGCCUUCCGGACUUCAGCCCAGGAGGUAGCGAUGAAGAUUAUGAAGAAGAUGACGACGGAAACGAUGUGAAAGAUUACGAUGAUUAUGAUGACGAAGUCGAUGAUAUUAUCUGUGAUCCACGUCGUUACAGUCGCCCACCCCAUGAACCUCCAUCUCUAAAGCAGUCAGAUCAUCCGUUUGUAUACCCUCACAAUUCAGUCACUGAUGUGCCGCCUCAUUGUCAUAUUACAGAUCCGGUCGCUAUGGCAAGAGCCUGUGGGUUAUCCCCAAGUCGCGCAGCUAUAAUGGCUUACGCUGCCGAAGCCCUCGGUCCUGACACGGUCUGGGCUGGGCUGGCCGCUGCCAGGAAACGCCAACAGGAUCGCUUGAAGAAGGGUCAGGUAAUCGAGAAUACCGAUAUCAGAGCGCCCAUUCGCACAGAGGAAUCAACUGUCUCUCCGUCCUACUUGACUAAAGCGCGUAGCAAUUCCGAAAAUCCGCAGGAUUCGCGAAGCAUGAACCCUAUUCCUCUCACCAUGCAUCCUAUCGAAAACCUAAAUUAUCAGCUUGAGGCUGACAACGAGGAAGAUGUAUCAACAUAUUUAUCGAUCACAUCUGGUGGUCGUUCUACAGCAGGGUCUGUCCCCUGUGAUGCGCCUCCUUGUUCCAAUCGCAUCCGAAACGAGUCUGAGAAACAUGGUCUUAGUAUCACUGACAGUGCCAAGGAUUCCCCUAUCCCUGAAUCUCCCGACCGAUCUAGAGAAGCUACAUCAAAGGCUUAGUUUGUAUUUUACAUUGUUAUCAUUACUUUGCCUGCUUUUCUUCCUUCGAUUUCACGUUAUACUAAGCGACUGGUCCCGCCGACAUGUUUAAGUCAUAUCACAGACUUAAGUGGACAAUCUCCAUUUGUCAGACAAUGAUCUUACCUGUUACCUGAAACGUUCCAUCUCGAUAUAUGGUUGAGCUUAUUUUUGUAAGCUCUUUGGAUUGGUCAGCUUCACUAUAUCUUCUCGACCAUGAAUGUAUCGCAUAUGGGUUGCUCAGUGCUCGGAUGUUUCCUCUUGGAACUUGGUGCUUCUGUCAGCUAGUCCCCCACAACUCAUCUCGCUGCUCUGAGCAUUCCAUCACAGACAUCGUGUGGUUUGUUGGGCAAGUCAACGUUACUGCGCAGCAAAUUGUUAUUCUAAUUGCGCUGGUUGGAUCACACAUCCGUCCUGGGAGUCACAUUUUUGAAUUCUUUUUGCUAAAUUAAAGCAGGUCAGUGUGACGCAUUAGUGGAUGUGAUAACUUUGCUCAACGGCCCAGUGUUAGCUCCGGAUUGUUCAUUUGUGAUUUUCCUGCAAAGAUCCAUUUUGAAACUGUGCACCCAAUUUCACCAGUGCGCCUCUUGUACAUAAGCUGAUGUGUGGUUGUGAAGUUCGUAUCGCUCGAACUGAGUAUUGUCGCAAGUAUAUGGUCUCGUCAGCCCUCCUGUGAUCUUUCGGUCCACCCUCUGUUUCCGCGCAGCCAACUCCUCUAUCCAGCGUCGAACUUGUUACAGCUGAUGUCAUAUUGCUCUCUCCUCGCGCUCCUGGCCACUUUUAUUCCAUUCAGUAUGUUGAGUUCACCCCAUAUUAUGCGAUUUCUGUAGUCCAAAGCGGCUUUACUAGGUAUUCCGAACACUUGUAUAACAAAUUGUUUUCGCAGCGGAUCUCGACAUUUGCAUUUUUGCUUCCAUCGGAUCUACUAAUUCUGCUUAUUGUGGACAGUUGGGUUAGUUUUGAUAUUUAAGCGUUCUAUCAAAAGUCUCACUUCAUCUCGGCCUUUUCUUUCUUAUUCUCAUCUUUUCUCCAUAACGUGCAUUAUGUGCGUCACUUCACCUUUUUUGCAUGCCGCACCUCUAUACCGCUGAAGCAGUUGAGUUUUCCUCCAUGUGUACACUCCUUUGGGCAUGUGCUUAAAGUUAUGUGGUAGCCUUACUUCCACUCCAUCACUCGUUUUCUUAGGAACAAUUUAGGCGGCCUACCUCAAACCACCAAGUGUUUCAUUCCGAUUCCGCCUGGUCAUCUCAUUCGUUCGCGCCUUCUAAACGUUAGGCUUCGAACCAAAUUGAGUUUUUCAGAUUUGUAAAUGAGUGUGUCGCAUUUUAGUUAAAUAAUUAAAACCCUGCUAAUUUACGUUAUUUUUU